AUGUCUUUAGUAGCCUACGGCAGCAGUGAUGAGAGUGAUUCGGAGUCGGCGGUAGAGAGUCGGCCAGCUGAGGGGCUUUUCUCAGUCCUUCCUGCUCCCAUAAACCUUGAAGGGACCGACGGAGCAAGUAAGGAGACAAAAACAAACCUCUGGACAGGAGACAGUGUGUCCAGCGCUGACCUCGACCCUCAGCCAGCUAAAGGAGGAUUAUUUUCUGCUCUGCCUAAGCCGAAGAAGCGAACAGAGCCUGUUAAAAUCCCGAUACCGCAGAUCCAGAGGCAGGAUUCAGAUUCCGACGAGGAUGAGCCAGCCAAGAAGAAAUUACAACACCGGGGUUCAGGUUCAAGUCUGUCAGCUCUUUUGCCACAACCCAAACACCUGACGGUGAAGGAAACUGAGAGGCCCCUGAUUCCUCACGCCCUCACCAAACGGCAAGAACCCAGAGGACCUAAGCCUGGAACACUUGCCCAGGGUCUGCUCGGUUCUAGUGCAUCUCCCUCUGCAAUCAAAGCAGCAGCAAAAUCAGCCACUUUGCAGCUAGCUAAACAGAUAUCCAGUGAUGAUCAGGAUAACGAGGAGGAAAUGACUCCACAGAACUACUUUUCCUUAGACGAGAGCUCCAAGCCUCUUCCUGAUGUCAUCCCGAGCAUAGAGCCUCAACCAGCAGCCCCUGCAGACCCUUUUUCUUUCAUAGCGCCGAAUGAACCCGGCCAGUCAGAUGCCCCUCUUGAUUUUGGGGGAAACCAUGACAGAGGAGCUGCAUGGGGAACUCAGUACCCUCAAUACCAGGAGCCCAUAGCAGGCCCAGAGGCUUUCCCUCAGGGAUACUAUAAUGAGCCAUACUAUCAAGAUGCUAACCCUGGAUUGGCAGAGGGGGAAGAGCCUGGACAGUCGGCUGUCAUUGAUGAUGAAGCGUUCAUGCGGCUACAGGGGAAAAGGAACAGGGGAAAGGAGGAAGUGAAGUUUUUGGAGAUUAAAGGAGAUGACCAGUUGAGCGGGAACCAGCAAUGGAUGACCAAAGGCAUGACGGAGGAAAAGCAGACCCGCCAGUCCUUCAGCAAGAAAAAAGGUGAACAGCCUACAGGACAACAGCGACGUAAACACCAGAUAACAUAUCUCAUACACCAGGCAAAGGAACGUGAACUGGAAUUGAAGAAUAACUGGGCAGAAAACAAGAUAACUCGCCGACAGACCCAGGCAAAAUAUGGUUUCUAAAUGUCAUCACAUGGACUCUCGGUGGCAUGUCGAUACCCUUCGUCAGAGCUUUAGACUAUUUUGGGGGGGAAUACAUACAGUAUAUUGAUACAUUUUCCCUCUUGUCUUCCAUUCAGUUUUUGUGUUAAAUUAAUACUUAGUGUUUAUUUUGGUUGAAAUCCAAGUCAUUGUCCCUUCAAGACACAGUAGUGUUUUACAAGGA